AUGAAAGCACCCACUCAUAGGUGCCUAUUAUCGAGUUUAAUCGAAAGUAAUGAAAAGACUACUCGUUAAGCCAAGACACACGAAUCUUUUGAGAGGUUGAAGAAUUCUUAACCGUAAACUGCAACUCCCAAGACUUAAAUGACUAGUAGGAAAAGCAAAUAGAUGAGUUUGGUGCAAGUGCAACAGCUAAUUUAGUAACCACUUUUGCGAAAGAACCAUACAGCUUUGUCUGAGGUGCCUCAUACUUGGAAUACAAGUCGAAGCAUAGAAAAGACAGUGGACUUACUUGCUAUGUCUUAACAUAAACGAGUGAAGUGGCUUGAAAAAUAAAAAUCUUUGCUAGCUUAACAACAACCAGUUACAGAGCGUGUUUAGACAAGUCGUAUAAAGUAAAUGGCAACUGCUGCUAAUUAUAACAAUUUUCUUAAGAAAUUCAAUGGUGAAUAUCUGAUGAUUUUGGAUAAGAAUAAAACAGCAGCACCGCUUUAAAAAGUACAAAAUGAAACCUUAGAAAAUAAUGAGAGGUAAUUCAUUUUCAAGCAGCCAUUACGCAUAGUGAAGGGAUUGAGUGAACACAUGCUGAGAAUGAAGAGUAUAACUAGACAACAUGAAUCAUUGCGUUCACCUCCUAGGAAAUUUUCGAAUCCUCGUUAUUAAUUAACUAAUGCGAAUAGAGUUCGCUUUUCUAAAUAUUAUUAAGAUGAUAGUUUGAAAGUGUUGAAAUCUUAGAAAAGAGAUCCGAACUAAAUCUUUAAGGAGUUGCAUAUUGAAGAUAUCCAAUAUACUGAUUUAGACAGAGCAUAGAAUCAUCCUAUAAAUAUUGCCUUAUUUAAUAUGUUGAAAGAUGAGGAAAUUAUUCUAAAGUAAUAGUAACUCGAGGAAGCAGAAAAAUAUACUGCUUAAGAACUAAUAAAAUAGAGAUAAGAGAUUGAAAGAUUUGAUGAACUCACUCGUUAAGAGUAUCAUCGAAAAUGUUAUGUGGAUUUCAAAUCCAAAGUUAUCAAUCCAAAAUAUCAACCCAACUAUUUGCGUUUAGAUUAAUCCUUAUUAGAAUUAUUUCCAAAGAACUAAGUUGUGAACUCUGAAUUAUAGAAGAAAUUGAGAAGACACAAAAUACUGAAUAUGAUAAAGAUGUUCUUGUUUAGAUUACACGAACUACAUCUCAAUCUUGAAGAUCUCAUUAAACAUAAAAUUUAUCCUCUAGCAGCAUAUGCUAAUGAAAGAUCUAAAUUAUUUUUUGAUUUAGUAAAAUCUAACAAGAUUGAACUAACUCGUAGAGAAUUACAAGAGAACAGAUAUUUAGUGUAUGAGUUUGAUCCAUCCAAAUUAACUCCUCUUCAUCAUGCAGUCAUUCGCAAUCACGUGGAAAUGGUAGAAUUACUUAUGGAAUAUCAUGCUGACGUUAAUCGCCGUGAUAUUCUUGGAAGAACUCCUCUCUUCUUUGGAAUCCGCUCUGGUUACAAUGAUUGUGUAUAGCAGUUGCUGUAUCAUUAAGCAAUUCCUUGGUCCAAUAAAAAGAAUCAAUAUGACCUAUAUUUGGAUAUGCUCAGCGAUAAAGUUAGGGAUUAGUACCGUAAGUCAAAAAAUUACCAUUUAUAAAUGUAAAUGAUGCCUUAUACAAAAAGAGCAGCUUUCUGGGUGGAGCGAAGAUAUUAUUUUACUUAAUGA